AUGUCUUGCGCAGAUAUAGAGACACUUGACAUCAGCUCUUCGAAACAGCAAACAUCCGAUCAGAUAGCCAAGCAGGAUGUCUGCGUAUUACAGACAGCAGAAGAUAUCAUCGACGAGAAAGUUCACGACGCUCCUCUCUACAACCCGCACGUCGAUGUGAGCGGCGUGGACGAACGGAAACUCAUGAGAAAGGUGGACUGGAACCUCGUACCGUGGCUAUCGUUUUUGUUCAUGCUGAGCUUCUUGGAUCGGACGAGCGUCGGGAACGCCAAGCUGUAUGGACUCGAGACCGACUUGCACAUUACGGACCAGCAAUACCUCAUCGCACUCACGAUAUUCUUCUUCCCUUAUGCGUUGUUCGAAGUACCGUCCAAUAUUUUCUUGAAGAAAUUGCGACCAUCAGUGUGGUUGUCGUUUCUCAUGACGGCAUGGGGACUCAUGAUGACUCUGCAAGGACUGGUGCACAACUAUGGUGGUCUGCUAUCAAUGCGUUGGUUCCUAGGCACGUUCGAAGCCGGACUUUAUCCCGGCGUAAACUAUUAUCUGUCAUGCUGGUACAAGCGCUCUGAGUUUGGUCUGAGAGCCGCGAUCUUCUUCUCCGCAGCCACGGUCUCUGGUGCCUUUGGUGGUCUUCUCGCUGCCGGGAUUUCUCACAUGGCAGGUGUCGGAGGAAAGCCAGGGUGGGCAUGGAUCUUCAUCCUCGAAGGGCUCGUGACCAUCAUCGCCGGCAUUGCCUCAUUCUGGAUCAUCCAGGACUUCCCGGAUACGGCGAAGUUCCUGACUGAGGCCGAGCGAACCGUAGUCGUGCGCCGGCUGCAGUUGGAUGACCAGUUCAGUGCGGCUGGAGAGAAGUUCCAGAUGCGGUACGUGUGGAAGAGCUUGUUUGACUGGAAGACGUGGUUAUCAAUGCUGCUGUACAUGGGAACAGACGGUCCGCUGUAUGCAUUUGCGCUGUUUCUGCCUAGCAUCAUCAACCAGCUCGGUUACUCCGCCACGCCUGCAAAUCUAUUAACCGUACCAGUGUACGUUCUUGCCUGCGCGUGCACAUGCGGUGUGGGAUUCCUAGCGGACCGGUACGGGGGCAGAGGCUAUAUGAACAUUGCCUGCCUCCUUGUAGGCGGAGCAGGUUACAUCAUUUUGAUCGCCUCGCGGAAUGCAGCCGUAUCAUAUUUUGCGGUGUAUCUGGCAGCAUGUGGCAUCUAUGCCAGCAUCGCGAACGUCGUCGCCUGGGUGUCGAACAACGUCGAAGGCUCCUACAAGCGGAGCGUGUCCCUGGCUAUGGUGAUCGGUUUCGGGAACAUCAAUGGCGCAGUUUCUUCGAAUGUGUACCGCGCCGAUCAAAAACCGUGGUACACGACGGGCCAUGGCAUCAUUUUGAUGUAUAUCGGCAUUGGGUUGAUCUGCUCGGUGUUGUACAUAAUACUGCUCAAGCGAGAGAACAGGAAGCGGGAUCGCGGUGAGCGAGACGAGAUCAUACUGGGUGUGAACGAGGACCAGAAACAGCUGAGCAAGAACGGCACGUUUGCAAGCAUCGCGGAGGCGAAACGUGAGAAGGGAGAUGAAUGGAGCGGUUAUCGGUACAGGAUCUGAAUAGACCACGCCGUUGGGUAUAGAGCAACUCGCGAUGUUGCGAUAAUUUCUUUGGGCGCAUUUGGCUGUAUAUGUUACUAGACAAGAAUGCGAUGAAUUGGAAC